AUGGCUCUGUUGUCUGUGGCCAAUUUUCUUGCUUUGGGGGCCUUUGCAUGGGUUUUCAUCUCUCUCCUACGCGGGACACGCUCGGGUCCAAUUCCUCCGGGCCCAAGGCGACUGCCUAUCAUUGGUAAUUUGCUUGAUAUGCCCACAGAACGAGAAUGGGUAACGUGGGCAGAGUGGGGGAAAAGAUAUGGAGGAAUAUCUUCGGCGACUGUGCUAGGGCAGACAAUCAUUGUCUUGAAUUCAUAUAAUGUUGCCAAGGAACUACUCAACAAUCGUUCUGCGAGAUAUUCGGAUAGGCCUCCGAUGUCAAUGCAUAUCCUCUCUGGAUGGGGCGAUAUAGUUCUCGUUCUGGGGUACGGAUCUGCCUUCCGUGCACAGCGCAAGCUAUUCCACAAGCUCCUGGGUACAAUGGAAAACCUUCAGCGAUUUUACUACAUAGAGGAUGAACAAACACGCAAAUUCUUAAAGGACGUCCUGCGAGAUCCGGAUCAUUGGGUUGAUCACGUUCACGAUGAUGUGGCAUCAAUCGUGCUCCGGAUCGCAUAUGGAUACACCAUCAGCAAAAACGACCCUUUAGUCGCUAAGUGCCGACAGAUAACCGCCGAGUUUCUACAAAUGGCUUCUCCCAAGUUCCUCGUGAACAAACUUCCAGCUCUUCGGCACCUACCUGAUUGGAUUCCAGGCGCGGGAUUCAAGCGACUCGCUAAGCGAUGGAACGCGAAUGUCCAAGAGAUGACGCUUCAGCCUUUCAAUUGGGUGAAGGAUCAGAUGGCCAAGGGUACUGCAGAAUAUUCCUACGUAUCUUCAAAUCUUGAAGAUGGCGAAGACGAGUUUGCGAUCAAAUGGACUGCAUCGACAAUCCAGACCGUCAUUUCUAUCAAGACCUUCUUCAAAGCCAUGACGAUGUUCCCUGAAAUACAGCAUCGCGUUCAGGCAGAAAUCGACUCGGUUACUGGCGGUGAAAGGCUUCCUACUCUUGCCGACCGGGACGAAGGGCGGCUUCCUUACACUCUCGCCGCGCUACAAGAAGUUUUCAGGUGGCAUUCCCCCAUACCGACUGGUUUCCCUCACCGGACGAUGGAAGACGAUACAUACAACGGUUACUUCAUUCCGAAGGGAUCGAUAGUCAUCUACAACAUAUGGCAAAUGUCUCGCGACCCAGAAUUCUAUCCUCACCCCGACGUCUUCGAUCCCACUCGUUUCUUGGGUCCGUCGCCCCAACUGGACCCUCGCGAGGUGACCUUCGGUUUUGGUCGUCGGAUCUGUCCAGGUCAACAUCUCGCAGAGGCAUCUAUCUUCUUGACAGUGGCGAGGUCGCUCGCAGCGUUCAACAUUACAAAAGCUCGCGACGAGAAUGGUGUCAUUCAAGAGCCUGUUCCGGGCCAAGUGUCAGGCGUUCUCAGUGAUACGUUGCCAUUCAACUGCGUGAUCAAGCCAAGAAGUGAAAAGGCCGUACAUUUAGUUAAUGAGGCAUUCUGA